CGGUACUGAAAGUCUUUUCCUUACCAAGCAAGGAUGAGCAGACUUUUAAGCCACCCUCCGCCUCCAGAACAUUUCAAUCGCCCCAUUAAUUCUCCAUCCCCCCAACAAACUCCCCCCGGCUUCUCUCUCCGUCUCUCAUAAUAGUUAGGGUUUCCGAUCGUCAUACUGAGGGCGGAAACCCUAGGUUUACCGCUGUUCGUGGCGGAGAUGGCGACCGGAGAGGAGGGGCUGGACUACUGGAUGCGGUGGCAGGUGCUCCCCUGCGCUUUGAUCAUCGUCGCGCCGGCGGCCGCGGCGGUGGUCGUGAUCGCAAGAUCCCGUGGGGAGGCCCUGAGAGACGUGGAUCUUUGGGUCCCGUGCUGGAGAAAGGUGCACCCACAUUGCCACCUUGAUUUCUGCCCAUGGCUGUUGGAUUUAUUCAAAACAACAAAGCACUGAAGAUGAGGAGGCCAGUGGAUUCCUUAAAAGUGAAUUUGAACAGGAUAGACAUGCAACUCUAACUUUCAGAAAGAACAAAAAUACGGAUGUUAUUAGAUUGAAAAGCCAUCAUGAGCAAGAGGUGACUGAGAAAAGAGCUGGAUUCUGGGGAUAUGCAAUGCAAAUUGUCUAUCAGACUAGUGCAGGUGCUGCAGUGCUGACAGAUGUUGUGUUUUGGGGUCUUCUAGUACCAUUUCUAUCUUCAGAACAUUUCAGCCUGAAUCUGAUAAUGGGCUGCAUGCAUUCCCUUAAUGCCAUCUUUCUUCUCCUUGAGACUGCCCUCAACAACCUGUCUUUUCCAGCAUUCCGAAUGGCAUAUUUUGUUCUGUGGAGUUGUGCCUAUGUAAUUUUUCAGUGGGUCCUGCAUGCUUGUGGUUUUUCUUGGUGGCCUUACCCUUUUCUUGAGCUAGCAACUCCUUGGGCUCCUCUGUGGUAUUUCUGUAUGGCGUUGAUUCAUAUUCCAUGUUAUGCCCUGUAUUGGUUGAUUGUAAAAGCAAAAAAUACAUUCUUGCCAAAGGUUUUUCCUGAUGCGUUUGUAAGGUCAUCCUAAUAUCAAGCAUUAUACAUUAUGUCGGAAGAUCGCAUCAUAUCGGAGGACUGCUUCUUUGUAUCACAGUAUACAGAUUUUUUGCACAGACGUGGAAGUGAUUCUUGUACUUCUGCUUGUUUCUAUACCUUUGGGUAGAUAUCACGAACACUUACGUUAUAAGUACUGUAAGAUCCAAAGCAGUAAGGCGCCUAGCUUCCUCUUUGUUUUGAUAUUAUAAAGCAGCAAAGAUGCAGCCAUUGAGUUUGAACAAGUUAGGAUGACAA